AAAAUGGAUGAGCCUGGGGAAGAGCCUAUGGAGGAAGAGCCCGUGGAGGGAGGGCCUGUUGUUGAAGUGUCGGCUGAGCUUGUCGAAGAACCAAAGGAGCCAGAACCAAUUCCACAUCAACAAAACGACUCCAUGAUUUGGUCAUCUCGUUUAGAUGUGGUUGAUGAGGAUACUGUUGCUCCGCCGCUUCGGAAUGAGAUUGGAAGUAUUGGGUCUUUGACAGCUAAGCUCAGUGACAUCUCUUCAUGCAUCGAAAAAGAAAUGGAAUAUCGAAAAUCUGAGGGAAAAUGCAAAGACUUCAUUCAUCGAUUCCUUCGUUUGAUUCGAAGUCCUGUAAUGACGACUUUGACGAUUCUAAACUUUAUGUUUUACCUCACAGCUAUCGUUAUGCUCAUCAUUAUUAUUAUUUUGGUUAUGGUAAAUUUGUCAAGAAAGGCAGAGUUGAAAAUGUUGGAAAACCAAAAGGAUGUUAGUGCGUGUUCGGUUAUUUGGAGUGAUUGGGGUGAUUGUAGUGCUCCCUGCACUGAUCGACAUAAGGAUAAUUAUAAAUUGCCAACAGCUACUCGCAAAGUUGAACGUUGUUAUGGAUCUUGUGGGAGGGAUGAUGGGACUUGUAUGAAUAAAUCAUUGAGGGGAUAUGUGGAUACGGUAUAUUGCAAUUUACAUAGUUGCCAAUUGCCUAAAGAAUAA